AUGAUUUACAUUAUUUUAUCCUCAUUACUGGUGGUCGGAGUUCGAUCCAUGACAGAUCAUGAAGACCGUCAGAUAAUCCUCACAGCACAUGGCAUGAGCAUAGAUGACGUCGACAACCGAAUUGUUAUACCAAUACAAGACGGACGCAUACCUCCGCUGCCUUGUAUUAUGGCAAAUGCAGGCAAAUAUGAACACGGUCAGACGUUCACCAGCAAGAACUUCCACUAUCAAUGCACCAAUGGUACAGCCGAAGUUGUUGCCUGUAUUGCUGAUGAUCAAUCGGUUAUCCAACUGGGACGGACGUUCGUGCGAAAUGGCAUCAUGCAUAAAUGUACCAUCGUUGGCGAUUCAGUAACGUAUGAACAAGGUGAGCACUUCCGAAAAGUAUCUUUUGAUCUCGAUUCAGCCUCCGCACUCUGCCCCACCGAACUAGGACGUUGUCGCCAGCAGCGCUGA